GGCAGCGGCGGGCUCUGGGCCCAGGCCCUGCGAGGAGCGCGCCGCGCGUCCUCCUCUCUCCGGUAGUGGCGGGUCGCGGAAGUGACGUGGUGCACGGACAGGAGCGCGUUUGAAUCGGUUCCCGGGUGAUCCUCGCGCCUGUCGCUGUUCGGCCGCCGCCGCCACUGCUGCCGCCGCGGAGGAGGAGCUGCCUUGCGCCGGGCCGAGGCCUCGAGGCGCCCUGGGGCACUGGAGCUGAAGGCGCCGCGAGGAGCCCGCACCUCGACCCUGUGGGCGGUGGGGGCCGGCGCCGCUGUCUAUUCUCCUUUCCCCCAAUAUGGCAGCGGCGGGCAGCGGUGGGCCCGGCGGGCCCUCUGAGGAGACUGUGGGGGAUGGCGGAGGCGUUGGCGCCAGGACUGUGUACUUGUUUGACCGGCGCGAGAAGGAGUCGGAGCUCGGCGACCGGGCGCUGCAGGUUGGGGAGCGCUCUGACUACGCGGGAUUCCGCGCCUCGGUUUGUCAGACACUUGGCAUUUCAUCUGAUGAAAAAUUUGUUAUUACAACAACAAGUAGGAAGGAAAUUACCUGUGACAAUUUUGAUGAAACUAUUAAAGAUGGAGUCACCCUAUACCUGCUACAGUCAGUUGAUCAGUUACUUCUGUCAGCUACAAAAGAACGAAUUGACUUCUUACCUCACUAUGACACACUGGUUAAAAGUGGCAUGUAUGAAUAUUAUGCAAGUGAAGGACAGAAUCCUUUGCCAUUUGCUCUCGCAGAAUUAAUUGAUAAUUCAUUGUCUGCCACUUCUCGUAAUGUGGGUAUUAGAAGAAUACAGAUCAGAUUGCUUUUUGAUGAGACACAAGGAAAACCUGCUGUUGCAGUGAUGGAUAAUGGAAGAGGAAUGACCUCUAAACAGCUCAACAACUGGGCUGUGUAUAGGUUGUCAAAAUUUACAAGGCAAGGUGACUUUGAAAGGUUAGAAAACCUUAAUUUUUUUAUGGGACGCUGUGUAUUUUAA